GAUGUAUACAGUUUUGGAAUAGUUUUGAUGGAAAUUUUUUCAAGGAUGAGGCCUAGUGAUGAAACGUUUUCAGGAGAUUUAAGCCUUAAAAGCUGGGUAGAAGAUUCUCUUCCUGAUGCACUUCAGGUCGUUGAUGCAAACUUAAUUAGGCCAGAGGAUGAGCAUUUCACUGACAAGCUGAAGUGUGUUACAUUGAUUAUGAAAUUGGCUUUGAACUGCUGUACAGAAUGUCCAAGAGAAAGGAUCAGUAUGAAAGAUGUUUUAGCAGAACUAAUAAAGAUCAAGCAUCAAUUUCAAUUUCUGAUGACACAUACUGUCAGGUCUUGAUCAUAUCAGAAACAAUGCUUUUGGCCAAU